AAAAAUAAAAAUUAUGCUUCGGGUGUGCCGUUCUAGCCGUCGGUCGCAUCAGUUGAAUGAAAAUUCGCGACCACAAACGUAGUCUCGUAGUGACACCCGCAGCCAGCUAGUGAAUCAAUCGAAGAAUAUCGUAGGAAAGUUUUUCAUAUAGUGCAGCACGAUGCAACACAUUCUAGUCGCUGUGGCCCUGGCCGGGCUGGUUGCUACCGUCAGUGCAAAUUGGUGCUAUGUGUGCUCCACAAGGGACACCGUGAACUGCCUUGUUCCUGACAUCAACAUCAUGAUGCGCGAAUGUAUUGCGGCUGCAAAUAACUUCACCUGCUACACGCGUAUAGUCAACCGUGAAGUCGAGCGAGGCUGCUUUUCUACGUUAAGCAUCGAAGAUCAUGCCAACUGCAAUAACUUAAAUAAUUGCGAACUUUGCCACGAUGCUGUAAAUCAAGGCCGGUGCAACGGAGCGGUUUUCCCGGAGCACCGACUGCACUGCCACCAGUGUACCGGUACAACUAACGAUACUUGUGGUCUGGAAAUAACAACCCCUGCCCAGCUCUGUCGCUUGUACGAUGCGGAAGAUCAAUGUUUUGUAAGCGUAACGGGAGACAUGGUGCAGCGUGGUUGCUUGUCGGAGAGCGAUUUCUGCCGGGUAGGACAAACCUGUCAUACUUGCGACGGGAAUGGUUGUAAUUACAAGCAUUACGAUAGUGGCGCUUCGAGUGCUAUGAUCUAUGUGAAAACUGUAGUAAUGGCUUUAUUGGCAGUACUGGCUUACAGCAGUUUUAAGCAGUAGUAGCGACAGCGAAAUCGGAAUUAGCAGAUAGGUUUUAAACCCGUAUUGAACAUUUUUUAACAUCAAUCGAUUCAUUUUGCACAACUCAACUAGGUUCUUAGCCAGGUAUCGCCUAAUAAUUGUAUAAGGCAGACACAGUAGCGCCGUGUGUAAAUGAUUUAAAAUAACGAUACGUUGACAUUACACAUUUUUGGAACAAAAAGUUUCGAACUCGAUUUACAGAAAAAGAGUUAAUGUAAAAUGGAAGCAUCUUUGUCAUGAAAUUUAUGGUAAUCCAAACAGUAUUGAAUUAUCGGUUACAGCCUCUUACUUGUGUUCGGAUUGCAUUGAUUUGAUUUGAAAAUUUGGCUCGUCUUUUUGUUCCACCACUAGAGUUUAUGCCUGGUAGCAUUAUUCUAUUGCGUUAGAUUUUGCUUUGCUAGCAAACUCAAGCUAAUCUUAAAUAAUAUGUUU